CUCAAUAUUUUCAUCAUUUUGUCUUAAGUGGAUUUUGACCUCGUCGGGCUUCCGUAGACAAGAACUAUCAGAGACGGUCCAUGGCAACGGAGAUGCCAGCAGGCUUCGAAGAAAGACGACCAAACUGAGAUUAGAAAGCAGCUUGGAUAGACGCAGCAGAAACCAGGCCACGUUAUACGUGAACAGAGAUUACCAUGUCCUACAGGGAUCUAAGAAAUUUUACAGAAAUGAUGAGGGGUUUAGGAUAUCCUCGCUUGAUAUCCAUGGAGAAUUUCAGAACACCUAACUUCUCUCUGGUGGCAGAAAUCCUCAUAUGGCUUGUAAAAAGAUAUGAACCUCACACAGAUAUUCCCACUGAUGUGGAGACAGAAUCAGACAGAAUAUUUUUCAUCAAGGCUGUGGUCCAGUUCAUGGCAACAAAGGCUCACAUCAAACUUAACACUAAGCGUCUCUAUCAGGCUGAUGGCUACGCUGUGAAAGAAAUGUUGAAAAUCACUGCUGUGCUUUACAAUGCAAUGAAAACCAAGCAGCUGGCUUUGGAAGACAAGGUUGAGGAGGACAGCAGCAAGUUCAAAUUUGACCUCGGCUCACGGAUUGCAGAUCUUAAAGCAGCUCGGCAACUGGCGUCCGAGGUCACAUCAAAAGGAGCCUGUCUGUUUGAUUUACUGGGAAAAGAGGUGGAGCUAAGGGAAAUUAGAACUGCAGCCAUUGCCAGACCUCUGGAAAUCAAUGAGACCGAAAAGGCCCUGAGAGCUGCCAUCAAGGAAGUUCUGGAAAAUGUGGAAAAAACAAAGGACAUGCUGAAUAAUGUUGCUUCUGAUGAGACCAGUCUGGAUGCCAAGAUAGAAAAGAAAAAGCAGGAGCUGGAGAGGAAUCAGAAGAGACUGCAGACACUGCAGAGUGUAAGGCCAGCAUUCAUGGAUGAAUAUGAGAAGAUUGAGGAAGAUUUGCAGAAGCAGUAUGACACAUAUGUGGAAAAAUUCAGAAACUUGACCUUCCUGGAGUCUCAACUGGAUGAAUACCACAGACUGGAACAAGAGAGGUUUGAGGAAGCUGAAAACACUAUGAGGAUAAUGCAACAGAAAUUGAGGGAGGAGGAGCGGGAUCUGAUGAAAAGCUCCUUAAAAGAUGAAGACUCUGAUAUGGAAGUUCUUGAAGAUGAAGGUUCAGAUAGCGACAUGGAAGAGUGGCGGCCCUCAAAGCCACGGCCAACACGCAACGGCAUCAUGGCAGGUAGAGGAGCACACUUCAUCGGCACCAUGCACGGUGGUGACACUGAUGAGGCCUUGUUAGCUGUUUCCAGAAAGUCAAUCCCUCCAGCCAAAAAACAGCGGAAAGGAAAGUCUGAAGACAGUGAGAUAGAUGUGGAUGAGGAUGAUGAAGAAGACGAGGAAGGCGAAGAGGAGAGCAAAGAUUUGGAGGAGGACAGUUUGGAGGGCCCAGUGUCCAGGGGUAAUCGUUCCUCGAGAGGAGGAAUGAGACCCCCUCUGCUGGAGGAAAGUGACAAUGACUUCUGAAGCCAGUCAUAAUAUUUGUUUUACUUUACAGUUAUUGUUGUCGCUCAGACUGUGUCAUUGCUAUAUAUGUGUAUA